GGAGCGCUCGCGGAGCGGCCGGUCGGUGGGUCCCGCGCCCGGCACGCCCGCACGCCCGGCCCGGCCCGGCCCGCAGCGAUCAUGGGCGCGGCGGAGGUGCGCUGGCACUUGUGCGUGCUGCUCGCCCUGGGCACGCGCGGGCCGCUGGCGGGGGGCAGCGGGCUCCCAGGGACAGUGGACAUAGACGAGUGCUCAGAGGGAACAGAUGACUGCCACAUCGACGCCAUCUGCCAGAACACACCCAAGUCCUACAAAUGCCUCUGCAAGCCAGGCUACAAGGGGGAAGGCAGGCAGUGUGAAGACAUUGACGAGUGUGAGAAUGACUACUACAAUGGGGGCUGUGUCCACGAGUGCAUCAACAUUCCAGGAAACUACAGGUGUACCUGCUUUGAUGGCUUCAUGCUGGCACAUGAUGGACAUAACUGCCUAGACGUGGAUGAGUGUCAGGACAACAAUGGUGGCUGCCAGCAGAUCUGCGUCAAUGCCAUGGGUAGCUAUGAGUGUCAGUGCCACAGUGGCUUUUUCCUCAGUGACAACCAGCACACCUGCAUCCACCGCUCCAAUGAGGGUAUGAACUGCAUGAACAAAGACCACGGUUGUGCCCACAUCUGCCGGGAGACGCCCAAAGGUGGGGUGGCCUGUGACUGCAGGCCCGGCUUUGACCUUGCCCAAAACCAGAAGGACUGCACACUAACCUGUAACUAUGGAAACGGAGGCUGCCAGCAUAGCUGCGAGGACACGGACACAGGCCCCAUGUGUGGCUGCCACCAGAAGUACGCCCUCCACUCAGACGGUCGGACGUGCAUCGAAAAGGAUGAGGCUGCAAUUGAGCGCUCUCAGUUCAAUGCCACGUCAGUAGCUGAUGUGGACAAGCGGGUGAAACGGCGGCUACUCAUGGAGACAUGUGCAGUCAAUAACGGAGGCUGUGACCGGACGUGCAAGGACACAGCCACUGGCGUGCGGUGCAGCUGCCCUGUUGGAUUCACACUGCAGCCAGACGGGAAGACAUGCAAAGAUAUCAAUGAGUGCCUGGUCAACCAUGGAGGCUGUGACCACUUUUGCCGUGACACUGUGGGCAGCUUCGAGUGUGGCUGCCGCAAGGGCUACAAGCUGCUGACGGACGAGCGGACAUGCCAAGACAUCGACGAGUGCUCCUUCGAGCGGACCUGCGACCACAUCUGCAUCAACUCCCCGGGCAGCUUCCAGUGCCUGUGCCACCACGGCUACACACUCUAUGGGACGACCCACUGCGGAGAUGUGGACGAGUGCAGCAUGAACAACGGCAGCUGUGACCAGGGCUGCGUCAACACCAAGGGCAGCUAUGAGUGUGUCUGCCCCCCUGGGAGUCGGCUCCACUGGAACAGGAAGGACUGUGUGGAGACAGGCAGGUGCCUUUCCCGAGCCCAGGCCUCUGCCCAGGCCCAUCUGUCCUGCAGCAAGGUGGGCAGUGUGGAGAGCUGCCUUCUUUCCUGCCCAGCCCACACCCUCUUCGUGCCAGACUCAGAAAACAGCUACGUCCUGAGCUGUGGUGUUCCGGGUCUCCAGGGCAGGACACUACCGAAACGCAAUGGCACCAGCUCUGGCACCGGACCUGGCUGCUCAGAUGCCUCCAGUGCCCCCAUCAAGCAGAAGGCCCGCUUCAAGAUCAGAGAUGCCAAAUGCCACCUCCGGCCCCGUAGCCGGGAGCGAGCAAAGGAGACCCCACGGCAACCACUGCUGGAAAACUGCCACGUGACGUUCCUGACCCUCAAGUGCGACUCCUCCAAGAAGAGACGCCGCGGCCGCAAGUCCCCAUCCAAGGAGGUGUCCCAUGUCACUGCAGAGUUUGAGGUGGAGAUAAAGAUGGAAGAGGCCUCAGACACCUGCGAAGCCGACUGCGUGCGGAAGCGAGCCGAGCAGAGCCUGCAGGCCGCCAUCAAAACCCUGCGCAAGUCCAUCAACCGACAGCAGUUCUACGUGCAGAUCUCAGGCACUGAGUACGAGGUGGCCCAGCGCUCAGCCAAGGCCCUGGAGGGGCUAGGGACGUGUGGCACUGGCCAGGUGCUCCAGGACGGCAAAUGUGUGACCUGUGGGCCUGGCACCUACUUCAGCGGCGAGCAGGGCCAGUGUGUGCUGUGUGUGUCGGGGACCUACCAGGACAUGGAAGGCCAGCUCAGCUGCGCGCCAUGUCCCAGCAGUGACGGGCUUGGUCUGGCUGGUGCCCACAACGUAUCUGAAUGUGGAGGCCAGUGCUCUCCAGGCUUCUUCUCAGCAGACGGCUUCCAGCCCUGCCAGGCCUGCCCCAUGGGCACGUACCAGCCUGAGCCUGGGCGCACCGGCUGCUUCCCCUGUGGAGGGGGGCUGCUCACCAAGCUGGAGGGCGCCACCUCCUUCCAGGACUGCGAGGCCAAAGUGCACUGCUCCCCUGGCCACCACUACAACACCACCACACACCGGUGCAUCCGCUGUCCUGUGGGCACCUACCAGCCUGAGUUUGGCCAGAACCACUGCAUCACCUGUCCAGGCAACACCAGCACGGACUUCGAUGGCUCCACCAAUGUCACACACUGCAAAAACCAGCACUGUGGUGGUGAGCUUGGUGACUACACGGGCUACAUAGAGUCCCCCAACUACCCUGGAGACUACCCGGCCAAUGCUGAGUGUGUGUGGCACAUCGCACCGCCCCCCAAGCGCAGGAUCCUCAUUGUGGUCCCCGAGAUCUUCCUGCCCAUCGAGGAUGAGUGCGGUGAUGUCCUGGUCAUGAGGAAGAGUGCCUCGCCCACAUCCAUCACCACCUACGAGACCUGCCAGACCUAUGAGAGGCCUAUCGCCUUCACCUCCCGCUCCCGGAAGCUCUGGAUCCAGUUCAAGUCCAACGAAGGCAACAGUGGCAAAGGGUUCCAAGUGCCCUACGUCACCUACGAUGAGGACUACCAGCAGCUGAUAGAAGACAUCGUGCGCGACGGGCGGCUGUACGCCUCGGAGAAUCACCAGGAAAUUCUGAAAGACAAGAAGCUGAUCAAGGCGCUCUUCGACGUGCUGGCACAUCCGCAGAACUACUUCAAGUACACAGCCCAGGAGUCCAAGGAGAUGUUCCCCCGGUCCUUCAUCAAACUGCUACGUUCCAAAGUGUCCCGAUUCCUGCGGCCCUACAAAUAACACUCAGAGCUGUCCUGCUCGGGGAUGGCCAGGGAGCCAAGGAAGAAGAGCUCCUUCCCUCUGUCGUGGGGCUGAAAGGCAGCUCUGUGGGCCACCUCGUUGCCUGGGGAAGCCCAUGAUGCGUGCACUUCAGGAAGGCCAC